UGUAAACAUAUCCUGAGAUGGAGAUGAUGUCAGAGGCUUAGCGAUGAAGAGGUUUAUCACGCACGCUGAUGUUUGUGUCAAAGCGAUUUACUCCAGACACCUGUCUGUGAUUCAGACUGCUGCGGACCUGCAAGACUGUACCUGGCAAAAAGGCAGGUGAUUUGUUGGUGCGCUUUGAGGAUGAAUAUUCUGGAGGAUGUUCCUUUUCAGACGCCUAUGGGACCACUGGGUGUUGAGAUGCAGUUGUUGACUUCACCUGAGAUUUCUGUACCACCCCGGCAUCAGAUCAUGCAGGAAACUGAGUAUGGAUUCAACCUGGAGAGAUGGAUUUUAACCGGGCACCAGCUGGUGAGCCAGGUUCCAUCCUGCCCUCCCUAUUGGCUGAUGUUCAGCAGCCCCCAAGAAACCCGCAAGCUCAAUCACAGGGCCCAAGAUCUGUGGUCCCCGGGGCCUCGACCCCGCAGCCACAGCCUGAGCUCAGCAGACGGCUGCUGGCUGCAUCAUCGCACAAUCAGGUUUUUCCCAACCGACUCCGAUGAAGAAGACGGUUCAUGCACGGACAACGCAGGGGCCUGCAGAGAGCGGCCCCGGAGUGCUGCAGCCAGGGAUCCCGUCUCCAGAGUCAAAGACAUGCACCUCGUCCAUUCCCCUCACCCCUUCAAGCCUGAGCCAUCUGCGAUCCUCCAAGGCCACAGAGCCACGUCUUCUCUCCCCGACUGCAGAUCACAGCAGGCAAGCCCACUUUCUCAAGGGCAGAAGGGCAAGAAGAGGCAACGCUCUCUGGGCAGAAGGUUCUCCCAAAGCAUCCCCCUUGCUGGUCGCUCUCCACCCAGGUUACAGCAACAACGACCCUCCUCUGCAGGAUCUGUUAGAAACCGCAGGAAAAAAGUCCUGACAACUCCCGGCUCUCGUGGGGUUUUCUUUGACUCGGCAGCAGAGCUCCUGACAGCUCUCAGCCAGGAGGAGCGGGAGUUACUGGAGACCAUCACCCAGAAAGGAUACCCGUUACGCACUGCCAUCCUGGCUUUGCAGAAAACGGGCUGUCAGAGCCCAGAGCAGGUCCUAAAGUACCUGGUUGCUUGUGAUCAUCUAUGUCGGCUGGGCUACGACGAGGCACAAGUGGAGGAGGCUUUGGAGAUGUUUCAGAAUUGUGAGAGCAAGGCUGCAGAGUUUCUGCGCUUGCUGGCUCAGUUUAAUGAGAUGGGCUUCCAACAGAGUGCAAUCAAAGAAGUGCUGCUUGUUCAUGAAAACCACCGCGAGAGAGCUCUAGAGGAACUAAUGACACACAUGGCUUAG